CCUGAGAGUGUGUUCCAUAAAUAACUCAGCCUUCAGUGUUUCAGUAGGGGGGAGGAGGAGGAGGAGGGUGAGGAGGUGCUGACCUCCUACAGAGCAGCAGCAGAUUGUUCAGACCAAACUCCAGCUGAAGAAGAAACUUUUCAUUUCUCACUCUGACUCUAGAAGAAUCAAACCAGAGAAGAAGAAGAAGAAGGAGGAGGAGGAGAGUUUGGCUCCAGGUCGGCCUGUGGAGGACUGAGUGGAACUUUAAUCUGGAGUCUUCUUUUCUUCUUCUGCUGUUUUAACUCAAACCAGAUGUCCGUGAGUCUGACUCCUCCGCCGGCUCGGCUCUUGUUUUUCUCUCCGUCAGUCUUCACUCACUUCUUCAGCUCAGUUUAACCCCGAGGUCUGACCGCUGCUGCUGCUCUUUCUGACGGAUUUUAUCUCCGGAUUCUUCUGACGGUCCCGUUAUGUGAGGCUCAUCCGCAAGCAGGUCGAAGGAUCCCCGGACAGAGGAUUUAACCCACCAGGUGGAGACUACAUGGACACACUUGAAGGACGAUCACGCAUCUCUAUUAUUAAACAAACAUGAAGUCAGCAAAGAGGUCAGAAGAUGCAGAGAAGUUCGCUCUUCACGGUGCGUCCUGGCUCCAGUGAGGCUGCGCACAACGCGUCCGGCUGGAGGAUCACAGCAUACCCUAGAUUAGCUCUCACUGAGGUGAUGAAGAUGACAAGGAGUAAAGAGGAACCUCUCCAGAACAUGAAGUGAACCUCUUCCUCAUGUGGUGCCUCCUGCUGUCUCUCCUGCGGGGAGCCGGGAUGCUGCUCCGCCGCAGGUCCUGCUCGGGGCCGCUGCUGCUCCUCGGGGUGGCCGUGUGUCUCUUCUACCAGACCCUGAUGGUGGCCCGGAACAGGCUCCGCUCCACGCCGCAGCAGCCCGCGGAGGACGUCCAGAGCAGGAGGCCGACAGAGGAGGUGCUGAUGGAGGAGACUCGGAGGCUCAUCUCUACCCUGGAGACUCUGCAGAGAGACGCACAGGUCCAGAUCCGGUCUGAGUCCCCCCCACAUCGGCGCCGGGUUGUGGUUCUGACAGGCCGUCGCUCAGCGUCUGACACGGAGGUCCAGCUGUACCAACGGGUCCUCCAGCAGCUCCACUACCAGGCUGAGAUGUCACGCUACGCUGAGACGAGCAGCUCGCUACGACUGAACACAGGUGUGGGUGGGUGGAGCCUGUUGCUGUGCCUUAGCUCUGCAGAGAGGAGCUGUCUGAGAAAGAUCUCCUUCUCUCACCUGCAGCCUCAACAGAUGGUGAACCUGCUACCUGAGCUGAUGGAGGCGUUCUCUGAUGUAGGAGGAGGGCUCUGUCAGUUCAUCAGUCGCUCACACCUGACAGGCUCUGACUUACCUAUGAGGCCUCACUCCUGUGGAUCGACCAAUCAGGAGCUGCCAGAGGGUGUGGACAGUCACUCACCUGUGGGAGCCCUGCCUCCUGGUGUGGUUGCCAUGGUGAAUGUUUACAUCCUGGUGACAUCAUCAAACCCACUCACUUCCUUCAUGCAUGACACCAGCAUAGUGACGACCAAUCAGGGGCAGAGGGGGCGGGCCAUAAAGCUCAGGGACUUCUUACUGCAGCAGUUAGGACCAAAACCUUCCCAUGAUGCUUUGAUGCAGGUGAAAAGGGUGAUAGGCAAAGUGCUGCAGGUGGCUGUGUCAGCCAGCCAGAAGAGAGAGAGUCCAAACAGGUGUGUGCUGUGUUACCAGCUGAUGACCUUCACUCUUCAGUUCGGCAGCUCCAUCACGCCUGUUGUGGUCCAGGUAGACCUUGAUUUGAAGUUUUCUGCUCUGAGUGAUGACACCUUUGACAGACAGAUCACUAAAGACCUUAUUUUGGAGGACUCUCUGCACUUCCUGCUGUCCUCACAAACACACCUGUCCUCAGACACACAGGCUGAGGUGAAACAGUACGAUGGCUGCAGAGGGACACUCGGCGUCUGUUUGAACGAAGAAGAGCUUCUCCUUCUUCUUCAGUUUCAGCACCAGAUGAAAACACCUUCAUCUUUUACACUGCUCUACCCCAGCUCCUCCUCCUCCUCCUCCUCCUCCUCUUCCUCCGCUCCUCUCGGCAUCUCAGAUCUUCUGAUCAGGAUCGUUCACUUCUACGAGCUCCAGAGAAACCACAGCCUUAGAUCUGAUGAUGCUAACGAGCCAACCAACCAGGGGUCAGGACUGUCUUCCUCACAAGAUGAAGGCUCUUGCGUGGACCCUCACCUGAGACAAAUCUACACAGACCCGCCCCUCGCUCUGACCCCACCCUUCAACCCCGCCCUGAAGGAGUACCGCGCCGAGGUGACCUUUGACACAGUGAUGGUGAAAAUCAGACCUGAGCCUGUCAGCUCGGCAUGUCGUGUUCACCUAGACGAGCACCGAGGGCCCAGGAUGGCGAACUACCCAGUUGGCCUCGGUAACAGUCGGAUCAGCAUCCUGGUGACAGAUGAUACUGAGCCGGAGCCUGUUGUCAUGACGAUCUACACCGUGCACGUGUACCGAGAGAGCCGGCCCAGUCUGCCCAUGUUUGGAGAUCAUGUGAACUGCAGCUUCCUGCAGGAUUGUGGUCUGAGGGUCGAGCCGGGUCGCCCCUGUGGUCUACAGCCACUCACUGAAUCCCAGAUUCCACCUCAGAGCUGCAGCUCAGGACACCAACCAGGUCGGUGGGUGGUUCCUUGUCUCAGCUGUUCUGACAACAGGACGUGUGAUUGGAGGGAGGUUGCCUGGAAACCAGACGGCUGUUAUCACCCGUUAGUGGAGCGCCCCCUGCUGCAGGAUUGUAUGACAGGCAGGAAGGUUUUGUUUAUUGGCGACUCAACCAACAGAGGAAUGAUGUACUUCCUGUUGGAGCAGGUGAAUUCAACCCUGGAGGACUGGGGGAAGGCUCACGACCUGCUCCUCUACAGGAACCUGAACGGUGGGCGGAGCCAGGUCAGCUACUCAUACUACCCUCAGUUCUGGUUGGAGAAGAGCCACAGACCCACCUUCAGACAGGCUCUGCUGCAGCUCAUCCACAGGUCACGACCUCUGGUGAACUCCAACAUGACCGUUCUGGUGGUGGGCGGAGUCCAGUGGCUCAACACAGAUCAUCUGAAGACAGUGAGGGAGGUGCUGGACAGGGAGGUACUGAGUAACAUCCUGGUGGUGGUAAAAUCUUUGGGGAUGGGUUUUCAUCUUCCUGUGGAUGGGAUCCGCUCUCUCAGUCUAAAAGAGAUCCAGCAGCUCCACAGGGACAACAGUGACAUCAUCGCAACAGCAAAGAAUUAUGGGUAUGAGGUGAUCGACACUUUCAGCAUCACGAUGGGGCGCUACAAAGAAUUCCUUCAGGGGAGAUGUGCCUGCCAUUUUCAUGAGGUGGAGAAAAUCGAGUCCCCCACCCUCUCAGAAAACACAACAUCAACAACAAACAGAACCAGAUCCACCAGAACAGCAUCCGGACUCAGCAGCCAGUCAGCCGUGCCGGACACGGACCAGGAGGCGUGGCCUAAAGCCUUAUCUUAUCAUGUGAAAGGACCAGUGAACCAGGUUUACUCUGAGAUCCUGCUGAGUCGCCUGUGUCCUAGAACCAGAGACUGAACUCCAGUGUGUAUAUUUGUGUGCGUUAGUGCUCAUCUAUCUUCCUUACCUGCAGUAGGACUCGAGCCUGUAGAUCAACAAGGUCUCAGAGAUGAUAGGGAGCGCUGAAAGAUGAUAGAGUGAAGAAAGAUAGUUUAUUCUAUUUUUAAUGACAGGACCUUAGUUUUAUAUAAAGAGACUAUUUUUGUAUUUUAAGGUCCAAACUCAACAUUUAGUAUCUUUACUUUUAACUAUGCAAAACACCAAGAGAGAGAGAAAUCAGCAUAAUCACAAGCUAUUUUUUCAUGUACAGGCUGUAAAUAAACACAAAAAAGUAUGCUAAACACAAACUAGCUUCUCAAAUUUCACAAAGUCUCUUUGUUAUUUUUAUAUGUGAACUAUUAAGAUAAUCUCCACCCACUUCGCUAUUUAACUGCGAGUGAGGGUCGUUCAUAAAGUUAGCUUUAAAGGGAACUAAGCUUCUGCUGUUCAUCACCAAGUAUUUAAUGUGAACUAACGAGCCUGUCUUUACCAAGUAGUUUCAAUAUGUACAGUCGUUUGGGGUAUGCUCUUGCUAGUUCAUAAUGUGUACUAACUAAUCUGUAGUGUGUACUUAGUAGUUUAUGAUAUGUGCAGUGUAGUUCAUAAAUUGUUGUUUUAUCUGCAAUAAGUGCUUCAUAAUGCAAGCUAACAAGGCUUAAGUACGGUAGCAAGGAAGUCUCACACUAAUGCAUAUUCAAAACACUUUUAAUUAACACAAGUGCAACACAAAUGUACAUUCAAAACACUUGGCAUUGACAGAACCAUAAAUACCUUCACAGUGGAAUCAGACUCUUUUCCCAGGCGGACACACUACACAAAUCCUGUGAAAAUGUUUCCAAAGGACAAUUGUUGAGGACAAACUCCAAGACAGAAUUGAGAGAGUAAGUGAAAGAAUAUCUAAAGUUUACUAUAAGAAUCAUGAUUAUCCCUUUGUAGCCUUAAAUUAUCAGAAUGUUGUUCAAUGCUAUAGCUUGUUCGUCUGGGAAAAGUGUCCAUCAAACUACUUCUGUUAUGACGAUAUUUGCGACAGUGUUUUCUGUUAAUGCAAAGCAUUUCAAACACGCAUUUGUGUUGCAUCUGUAUGCAAAGGUUUUAGAAUAUAAAUUUGUGUUGUGCCUGUUUGUUGCUUAAAAGUGUUUUGAAUAUGCAUUCAUGCUGCACCUGUGUUGUAGCUCUUUGCAACCAUCUUUUCUGUUAAUGCAAAUCACUUUACUGUUUGUGCUAAGCGUUCCCCAGCCGCCAAACUCUAGUGUGUGCUAACUAGUUUUGUACUAACAAGUCUAUAGUGUGCACCAACAGGUCUAUCUAUAGUAGUAGUUUUUAGUGUGCACUUACUUGUUUGUCAUGUGUUCCUUUCUCACUUCUUCAUAAUGCACAGUAUCCAUCUCAUUGUGUGCUCUCACUAGUUUAUAAUGUACUAACUAGUUUGUAGUGUUAACUAACUAGUUUAUAUAGUGUAAUAACUAGGUUAUAAUUUGUUUUAUUGCGUUAAUUUGGUGUGCUAAAUAUUUUAUGAGUUCUUAUCAGUUGAAUUUAGAAAGUGUAUUCAGUAGUAUGGAAUAUACUAAUUUGUUGAUUUUUGUCAAGAUUAAUAAUAUCAAUCACAGUUAACUAAGGUCAACAAUUAGUGCAUUCUAUUUUUCUAUCGCGAUUAAUCACAUACUUUAGUUCCCUUUUUAACACAUUUCGGUUAAGUUGCUGCAGCGUCUCCCUGCAGCCACAGUGAUGUAAAAUAAGUCCACCACUGCUCCUUGAUGUCUCAUUUCACUAUAAAAACCCACAGACAGGUCAGUAAACAAGUCAGAAGUAGUCUGGGCCUUGUCAUAUCAAACAUUUUAAAUGCCCCCUUUUUUACUUUUCAAACCAUAACAAGUUCCUUUUUCCAUGGUCAAGUUCCUGCCAUAAUGUUUGAUCUACUUAAAGAAGUGGGGACAGGGAGUCAUUUGUCCUUAGUUUAAGACAGUAGAAAAAUCCAAAACAGUUUAAAUGCAAAAAAGUUGAAAUUUAAAAAGAUGGAGUCCUGAUUGAAAACGUUAAUCACUUGACAGCCCUAGAACUAGUUUUAUAACAAGGUCUUAAUUUGUUUAUAUUGAGUUAAUAUUGUGUACUAACUACAUUAUUAGUGCUUACUAGUUAAAAGAAUACACAAACUAGUCAAUGUGUACCAACUAGUUUAGAAAAUGUACUCUAUAGUUUAGAAAUACAAACUAACAGCUUUAUUUUUGUUUUCUUGUAACGUAUACCAACAAGUUUAUAAAGAAUGACUAGUUUUCAGCAUGUUUUAGCUAGAUUAUAAUGUACACUAACUUUUUUGAAAACUAACUAGUGUAGAGUGUAGUGUCCUCAGUGGUUUAGAAAGUUUAGUACCAGGUUUUUCUUUUUAGUUACUGGUUAAUAUGUUUGGUCAAGUUUAUAAAAAAUGGGUUAUAAUGUUUAUUAGCUUGUUAGUAAACUAACUAGUGUAUAGUGUAAAAUUACUAGUUUUUAAAUCUGUGCUAACUUGUAAUGAAUUCUAACUGGUUUAUGAACUAGCUAGUUUAUAAUGCGCACUUUCAAUUCUAUAGUUAGCUAGGUUAUAAUGUAUGCUAACAAGCCUGUUAUGCCUCCUGCUAGCUUAUCUAAUAGCUACUUAUGAGUACCUAAUGUUUCUGUUGUGUACUAAAAAAGUCUGGUUUAGUAAACCGCCAUCUUUCAUUUGUGUGCUAGCUAGCUUUGAAUGCACACUUUCCAGUUUGAGUGUACAUCUUUUGUGCUUACUUGUCUCUAAAGUUAAUUUCCUUAUUUAAGUACACAGAUGCUAAUCUCUUCUUUGUAAUAACUUGUUCUUAAUGUAAAAAAGUGAAUUUAGCACAUAGUUACCACUUAUUUGUAACUAGUCCUUAAAGUAAAGCAGCUAGCUUAAGCACACUAUUGUUUUUAUUGUGUUCUGGAUAGACUUCAUAGUGACCUAGCUAGCUUUGCUACACAGCUGUAUUCUUUGUACUAACUAGCCUUCAUAGUGAACUAGCUGUUUUGAGAACACUAUGUUCCUAAUUAGACAUACAGUAGGCUAGCUUUAGUACACACUUGUUACUUUAGCUAGGCUCUAGCUUGUCAGCUAAGCUCACUAGCUUGUUCCUGGUAUGUAAACAUUUCUGUGCCACUGCUGGUUUUUAAGAAAGCUAAGCUAUAUGCUAGUGCUCAUAACCUAAGAUUUUGAAUGUUCACUCUUUAAGUAUUUCUAACGUGCAUAUAGCAACUAAUGUGUCCUAACUACCCUCCAUUGCACACCAACUAUCUGUUAUGCGUCCUAACUAGUGUGUUAGCACACAAGCUAACCUCUAUCAUGUAUAUUGUGUUAUCUACCAUGCUAGAUUAUUUUAAUGUAACCAAUGUCUGUUUUUAUUUGACAAGAGUUUCUUUGUAGUUUACAUUUAAUGUUUUCUUGUCCUGAUGCACGCUAAAUAUUUGUGAAUUCAUGAACAUCAGCCAUGCUAAUGGGUAUUAUCUUAAAAUCUUGUUAGCUGCUGCUCUAAUGUGCCAAGAUUUUUUGGCUCCACCAGUUUGUUUCUGUCAUGUAUUGACUGUUUCUGAGGAGCAGUGGCUAAUUUGAAAGCACAGUAGCUUAUUUAUCAGCCAUAACAGUGUCCUGCUAUGAAGAAAAUCAAUUUAAUUUUAACUUUUGUUGUUUUAUGCUGUCAUCAGAUGUGUAUAUUUUAUACUUUAACUUUAAUAUCAGACUAAACUUGCUCUCUCUUUCUCUCAGCCUGUAUGUCUUUAACAUAUAUAAUAUAUAUGUAUAAUUAAAUACCUCAGAUGUAUUAUUGUGUAUAUCAGAUGAUUUUAACCAAAGACUCAAUGACAACUGUGUUAAACACAAGAAGAAACGUCUUAUUUGUUCCUUUCUAUAUUUUUCUAUUGAUGUGCCUUAUCUCUGUACAUGUUUACAUGCUGGAAAAUAGAAUUAUGAAUAUUUAUGUUUUUUCUCUUUAUGAUUUAUUUUUAUCUGACUGUAAAGACAUGUAAUCUGUUGUAUUUGACUGUGUCUUCUGGUUAAUAUGAAUGUUUGUUUAUCUGCAUCAUCUCACUUUAAAAUCUGUUUUCUACUUUACACAUUCACAGAUUCAGCAUUUAUUAGAAUAACUGUGCCUUUCUACAUUCUAAUAACUCUGCCAUAAAAGCUAUUUGUAUAAAAGUUGAUCACCAGCUGUGCUGCUUGUUUAUAUGUCUUUUCAGA